CUGAAUAAGUAGAAUAAAAAGUAAGUUAAUCAAAGAACUUACUGCCUUGAUCUCUAGUGAAAAAUGGAUGAUCUCGCUCGCUUCCUGCACUGGGGACCCAUCACUCUCCUGGUUCUCACCCUGAUUGUCACCUGGACGGUAAUCGAGAUGAAUGCAAUGUGGUGGACACCUGGCAAGGGUCCGGGAUCCUUAGUGAACUAUGCGCUGAUCUGGUUCCACACCUUCGGCACCCUCUAUCACUUUAUCAAGUCGCUGAUGGUGGGUCCUGGCUUCAUUCCGCUCAAGUGGCAUCCUGAGAGCGCCAAGGACACGGAGUUCCUGCAGUUCUGCCUGCGCUGCGAUGGCUACAAGGCUCCAAGGUCGCAUCAUUGCCGCCGCUGCGAUCGCUGUGUGAUGAAGAUGGAUCACCAUUGCCCGUGGAUCAACACCUGUGUGGGCUGGUACAAUCAGGCCAGCUUCGUUUACUUCCUGCUCUUCUUCCUCUCGGCCAGCAUUCAAGGAAGUAUCAUUAUAGUCUCGGCCGUUAUCACAGGAGUACAAAAGCGACAUUAUAUCCGCCAAGGAUUGGAUCACCUGGCCACGGUUACUUUGACCCCAACUAAUUUGAUGGCCUGUGUGGUUAGUCUUGGAGUGACGACGGGCAUUGGAUUGGCGAGCAUCAAGCUGCUCUACAUGCAAAUGAAGGUGAUUCUUAGGAACCAAACGGAGAUCGAAAGUUGGAUCGUGAAGAAGGCGGUGUUUCGUCGCAACGCAUAUCCUGGCAACAGGAUCAAAGCCUUUGUCUUCCCCUACAAUUUGGGUUGGUGGAUUAACUGCCGCGAGGUUUUCCUCUCCUCAGGCGAUGGCAUUUCGUGGCCAGUUGCAGAGGGUUGUAAUCAAUACACUCUUACAAAGGAACAAUUGGAACAGAAAAAGGAUAAGAGGGCCCGCACUCGCCGCUACAUUUGCACUCGUCCUGCCACCGGUCACUGGGUGCCCAUUCUGUCGCAGGGUCUGUGGAUAUCCCUCCAGAUUCCCUGCACCGAUGAUCCUCGCAUUGCUCUGCAACCAGGUGAUUCCAUCCUGGUGACUCGCAUUCAGGACUACUGGCUGUAUGGUGAAAGGGAGCUAUCGGCGGAUGAGAAGGACAAGGGAAUGAGACGCAAGGGUGCUGUUAGGGGAUGGUUUCCAAGCUGUUGUGCCAUGGAAAUACUGAGUGAAGAUUCGGAAAACGAGGAGAAUCACGAUGAUGUAGCCGGUGGAGAACCUGGCCAACAAGAAUCUGAAAAGGCAGUUGAAGAAACUAUUCCAAACACAAAGAUCUCUAGGGAUUUUCCCAGCCAAGAUGGAAAGCCCCGCAAGCGCCUGCGAGUGCAGUAA